AUGUCAAAUAUUAACAAUUAUAUUGUUAAGAUUAAUAAUGGUUUAUUUCUAUCAUCAUUAACAAAAGGUUCAAAACCUGUAUUUCCAAAAAGAAUUCCAAAUUUUCAAAUAAAUUCAAAUGAGAAAUGGGCAAUUUGUGGUACAGGUAAAGCAAAAUUAAUGAAUAUUUUAAGUAAUAAAUAUUUAGGUGAUCCAUCAAGAUUAGCAUUAAGAUAUUCUUCUACGACUCGUCAUACAUUACCCAGAAUUGAAACAAUCCAAUUUAGUGGAGCUAUACCAACUGCACAUUUAAGUGCGAGAUAUGAAUAUUUCAAAGAUGAAUUUGAUCAAACUUGUAAGCAAUUUAUUUUAAAUAAUUCAAUUGGUUCAAAUAAUGUUUCCUAUGAUGUAAUAUUAAGAGAUGAUAAAAUUAAUGAAAACUUGUAUGAAAUAUUAAUUAAAGAAUUACAAUUAAGCGAAUUACAAGAUAGAUGGGCGAUGGGAUUAAGUAAUGGACAAAUGCGUAGAGCCAGGUUAGCUCGUUCAUUAUUAAAAGAACCUGAUUUAUUAUUAGUUGAUGACCCAUUUCUUGGACUUGAUCCAACUGCAACAUCAAUAAUUUCAAAAUUUUUAUCCCAAAGUGAAAAACUUAUUGGUACACCUAUUACAAUUGGACUUAGAUACCAAGAUUCAAUACCAAAAUGGUGUACACAUGUUUGUUUUGUUGAUGAAAAUCAAGGUAUAUUAUUUAAUGGAAUUAAAAAAGAUGUUGAAAUUCAAAUUAAAGAAUUUCAAGAAAUUGAAAGAAAAAAAAUUCAAAAAGUUAUUGAAAAUCAACAUAUUAAUAGUAUAUAUACAAUUGAUGAUUUAAUUUCAUUACAUCCAAUGUAUAAAAAUAACAAGAACAAUCAUGAAACGAUUAAAAUAGCAGAUGAUACAAUGAUCAAAAAUGAAAUUCAAUCAAUGCUGAUACCAGCUAUUGAAUUUAAAGGUAUUAAUGUAACCUAUCGUGGAGAGCCUGUUUUACAAGAUUUAAAAUGGUCAAUUCAGCCUGGAAGCAAAUGGCAUGUUCGUGGUAAUAAUGGUAGUGGUAAAUCUACAUUAUUAUCAAUGAUUGUUGCAGAACAUCCACAAUCAUGGAAUAAAAAAAUUAUUGAGAAUGGUAUUGAACGUAAGACAGGUCAAACAAGUUAUUUUAAAAUUAAUAGUAAGAUUGGUAUGUCAUCACCUGAAUUACAUGCAAUUUUUGCUAAGAGAGGUAAUAAAAUAUCCGUACUUGAGAGUAUAUCAUCAGGAUUUCAUGAAGGUUCAUCAAAUAAUUUUUUACCAAUGUGGGAUAAGUUAUCUAAUCAACAAAGAAAAUUAAUUAAAAUGUAUAUGGAUCAUUUUUCAUUAACUUUAAUAAAGGAUAAAAAAUUUGAUGAAUUAAAUGUCUCACAACAAAAAUUAGUAUUAUUUAUUCGUUCAUUGAUCAAGAUGCCUGAAACAUUAAUUCUUGAUGAAGCGUUUUCAGGAAUGCAAGAUACAGAAAUGAUUCGUUGUUAUGAAUUAUUAGAUAGAUGGCCUGGUACUGUAUUAAUUGUGGCACAUAUUCUUGAAGAAACUCCACAUUGUGACCAUUAUAUACGGUUAAUCACACCAGGGAAUUACGAAAUCGGAGAUGUUUCCAAUUAA